CCGGUCGUUGACGCCCCCUGGCGGCCUAGAGCGCCACGCCCAGGUCGCGCGUCCAGUCUGCCCCGCCUCACCGCCGCAGUCGGGUUCUCCCUGCUCGGGCCGCCCCCGAGGACGCUGCGUGGGCGGCCGUAAGCUAGUCAAAGAUGAGAGUGACUUUAUCAACUUUGGACACUUGUGAAAGCUCCUUCACACCCCUGGUGGUCAUAGAACUUGCCCAGGAUGUCAAAGAAGAAACCAAAGAAUGGCUCAAAAGCAGAAUUGUCGCUAAAAAGAAAGAUGGAGGUGCCCAGUUGCUGUUUAGACCACUGUUAAGUAAGUGUGAAAAGGAAACAGUAGGAAACCAGAAUUUGUACCUCGUUGGUGCCUCCAACGUCAGACUGUUGCUUGGGGCGGAAGCGGUGGGGCUGGUGAAGGAGUGCACAGAUGCUGCCAUGCGGGCCUUCACCUACGGGACCCGCCACAGCUUCAAAGGCUUCCAUGAUAACAAUGGCGACUUCCUCACAAUGGCCGAGAGUCAGUUCAUCAUCAAACAUGAACUUGAGAAUCUCAGAGCUAGAGAUGAGAAGAUGAUCCCCGGUUACCCGCAGGCCAAACUGUACCCCGGGAAGUCACUGAUGAGGAGACUGCUCACGUCCGGCAUCGUGACCCAGGUGUUUCCACUGCACGACAGUGAGGCCCUGAAGAAGCUUGAGGACGCCUGGUAUACUCGCUUUGCUCUGAAGUACCAGCCCAUAGACAGCAUUCGCAGCUACUUUGGGGAGACAAUCGCUCUGUACUUUGGGUUUUUGGAGUAUUUCACCUUUGCCUUAAUCCCCAUGGCCGUCAUCGGGGUGCCCUACUACCUGUUUGUGUGGGAAGACUACGACAAGUACGUCAUCUUUGCCUCGUUCAACCUCAUCUGGUCCACAGUGAUCCUGGAGGUUUGGAAGCGUGGCUGUGCCAACAUGACCUACCGCUGGGGGACACUGGUCAUGAAGCGGCAGUUUGAGGAGCCCCGGCCUGGGUUUCAUGGGGUCCUGGGCAUCAAUUCUGUCACGGGCAGGGAAGAACCCCUCUACUCCAGCUACAAGAGACAGCUGCGCAUCUACCUGGUCUCCCUGCCGUUUGUGUGCCUCUGCCUCUACUUCUCCCUCUAUGUCAUGAUGAUCUACUUCGACAUGGAGGACUGGGUCUUGAGUCUCCACGAGGACAAUGAGUCUGUGUGGACCAGCCUUCUGCUGUAUGUGCCCAGUAUUGUGUAUGCCAUUGUGAUCGAGGUCAUGAACCGCCUCUACCGGUACGCUGCUGAGUUUCUGACAUCUUGGGAGAAUCACAGAUUGGAAUCUGCCUACCAGAAUCAUCUUGUCCUGAAAGUGUUGGUGUUCAACUUUCUGAAUUGUUUCGCCUCGCUCUUCUACAUCGCCUUCGUCCUGAAGGACAUGAAGCUCCUGCGCCAGAGCUUGGCCACACUCCUGAUCACCUCCCAGAUCCUGAACCAGGCUGUGGAAUCUCUUCUUCCUUACUGGCUCCAACGGAAGCAUUGUGCCGUGGUGAAGAGGAAGGUGCGGGCUUUAAAGGUGGACAUGGAUACAACCUUGUAUGAGCAAGUCCUCCUGGAGAAGGAAAUGGGAACUUACCUGGGAACCUUCGAUGAUUACUUGGAGCUCUUCCUGCAGUUUGGCUAUGUGAGCCUUUUCUCCUGCGUCUACCCAUUAGCAGCUGCCUUUGCUGUGCUAAAUAACUUCACGGAAGUCAACUCAGAUGCCUUGAAAAUGUGCAGGGUCUUCAAACGGCCGUUUGCAGAACCUUCAGCCAGUAUUGGUGUAUGGCAGUUGGCCUUUGAAACGAUGAGUGUUAUAUCUGUGGUCACUAACUGUGCUCUGAUCGGAAUGUCGCCACAAGUGAAUGCAGUCUUCCCAGAAUCCAAAACAGACCUGGUUUUGAUCGUAGUGGCUGUGGAGCAUGCCCUCUUGGCUUUGAAGUUCAUCCUUGCCUUUGCCAUCCCUGAUAAACCACGGCACAUCCAGAUGAAACUGGCCAGAUUGGAAUUCGAAUCUUUGGAGGCCCUCAAGCAGCAGCAAAUGAAACUGGUGGCGGAAAACCUGAAGGAGGAGUCCCAGGAAGACAGAAGGGAAGCUACCUGAGCCCCAGAGUGCUGGCCGUCCUGUCCCCAGCCUCCUGAGGAACACCUGCAUCACACCUGCACAGGGCGGAGUACCACCUGAACUCGGGCCAGGUGCUCGGCUGUGUGAAGUGAUGGACACAGUGGGCACCCUGACCCUGCAAGGACUGGUUCUGUGGGAGAAGAGGCUGGGACCCUUGGUGGCUCCCUGGUGCCCUCUCAUCUGGACCCUCCCAGGGCCCCAUGCCCCCCUCCGGCUGCCUCACUUCACUCCAGAGCCUCGGCUGCCCUUGAGCUCCUUCCCUAUGGAGUCGCCAGCUUUCCACAUGGCAUCCACAGGGCCCACGGUGGGGUGGUGGCUUACGGUCUGUGCCCACUAUACCAAUUCUCAGAAGCCAUGCUGAGGGGUCCCCACACCUGAGCGCCUCUUGGUUCUCUAUGGCAGUGUGUUAACUGACUCUGAGCUAUUAAAGGCGGCCCUCACCCGA